GUACGAGGGCGUGCUGAAUGAAACGCGGGAACUGGCGGUACUGAUCAGUUGUGACGUGAUUUUCUGUCCCGCUGUUUUAAGAAGAUUUAGAGUGGCAGUUUUCCCCCCAAAAAGGGGCAGUUUGACAUGGAGUCUUUUCAGAAAGUCGAGAAGAUUGGAGAGGGAACAUACGGGGUUGUUUAUAAAGCCAAGAAUAAAAUCACCGGAGAGACAGUUGCACUAAAGAAAAUUCGGUUAGACACGGAGACUGAAGGUGUUCCCAGCACUGCCAUACGUGAGAUCUCUCUGCUAAAAGAGCUCAAUCACCCAAACAUAGUCAAGUUGCGUGAUGUGAUACACACAGAAAAUAAACUUUACUUGGUGUUUGAAUUUCUUCACCAAGACCUGAAGAGGUUUAUGGACUCGUCCUCUGUUGCUGGCAUAUCCCUGCCUCUCGUGAAGAGUUACCUGUUCCAGUUGCUCCAGGGACUGGCCUUCUGUCACUCUCAUCGUGUUCUUCACAGGGACCUUAAACCCCAGAAUCUCCUAAUCAACGCUCAGGGUGAGAUCAAACUGGCUGACUUUGGUCUGGCCAGAGCGUUUGGUGUACCUGUGCGGACUUACACACAUGAGGUUGUAACUUUGUGGUACAGAGCUCCAGAGAUUCUCCUAGGAUGCAAAUAUUAUUCUACAGCUGUUGACAUCUGGAGUUUGGGCUGUAUCUUUGCUGAAAUGAUCACUCGGAGGGCUUUGUUUCCUGGAGACUCUGAAAUAGACCAGCUCUUCCGAAUAUUUCGGACACUGGGCACUCCGGAUGAAUCUAUAUGGCCUGGAGUCACCUCAAUGCCAGACUACAAACCCUCCUUUCCUAAGUGGGCACGACAGGACCUGUCUAAAGUGGUGCCACCCCUGGAUGAAGAUGGCAGAGACCUUCUUGGGGUAAGAGGACAACAAAGUUUAUCUAGUAUCACAACCUGA